AGGCGGGGCCGCGCGCGCGCGCGCCGCCGCCCGUUGGCCCCGCCGCGGAGGCGGCGGAGCGCUGCGGGCGCGGCUCAAGGAACCCAGUGUGAAAUUGCUGCAAAAGCAGGGAUGAUUAUAGAAAGAGUAGUGCUGAAUUCACGCCCUGGUAAGAAUGGAGUGCCAGUGGCCGAAAACUUCCGACUGGAACAAAGUACAAUACCGGACACAGUGCAAGAGGGCCAAGUACGUGUUAGAACCCUGUAUCUCUCUGUGGAUCCGUACAUGCUUGUUCCACAGCUUGUGAAUGGAUGUCUUUCCUACUUUCUUGGUGCAGCCGGAAUUACAGGACUGACGGCCUUGCUAGGUAUAAGAGAGAAAGGACACGUGACUGUAGGUGCAAAUCAGACGAUGGUGGUGAGUGGAGCAGCUGGUGCCUGUGGUUCUUUGGCCGGCCAGAUUGGCCGUCUGGAGGGCUGCUCUAGAGUAGUGGGUAUUGCUGGCACAGAUGAAAAGUGCUCCAUUUUGGUCUCAGAAAUGGGGUUCAAUGCUGCUAUCAAUUACAAGAAAGAGAACGUGGCAGAGCAGCUACGCAAACUCUGCCCAGGUGGUGUGGAUGUUUACUUUGACAAUGUUGGUGGAGACAUCAGUGAUACAGUUAUAAGUCAGAUGAAUCAGAACAGCCAUAUCAUCCUGUGCGGACAGAUUUCUCAGUAUAACAAAGAUGUGCCUUAUCCUCCCCCACUGCCUCCUGACAUAGAAAAAAUACAGAAAGAAAGGAACAUCACAAGAGAACGUUUCUUGGUGUUGAACUACAUGGACAAACAAGAAGCUAGCGUGCUACAGCUCUGUCAGUGGAUCCAGGAGGGUAAACUGAAGGUCAGAGAGACUGUGAUAAAAGGCUUAGCAAAUAUUGGUGCUGCUUUCCAGUCCAUGAUGAAUGGAGGCAAUAUUGGAAAACAGAUCGUCUUAGUUUCUAAGUAAAAGUCAUUGCUUUGGGAAAAAGAAUUUGAUUUUAUCUCUAGUAGUGAGGUAGUUUUACUUAUAGUAAUUUCUACUUUAUUAAAAGAAAUAUUAAGUUGUUCUGUAUGUACUGAAAGCAGAGAUUCUGGGAUGCUAAGGCAGAACCCAUGGUAAUAAACUGAAUAGAGCAGGAAACAGGAAUGCAAUCAUUUAUACUAGAAGCUAGUAAUAUAUUUGACAUGAUUUGACAAUUGCAAAUAAUUCCUGGGCAUAGUUUUGAAUUUAGAUCAUCUCAGGACUAUUUCCAGUAAACAUUUUGAAUGCAGCCACCUGGUUUUGGACAUUAGAAGAAUUUACUAGUGUAGAUAUGUGCCAUUUCUAUGCUAGUUUGUCUCAGUGCCCAGAAACUUCUCUAGGAAUUUUUAAUUUACUAGUAUAAACUUAGUCUGACAGUCCAGUUAAUCUGGCUAAUCAUCUUAGAAUUUAAGUGUUCUCUUUUUUCAGAUAAUUGCAAUAAAACAUUCAAUUUCUAGAAUUCAAGCUCUAUAAUGUCAAAGGUACUUCCAUUUUGCCCUCUGGAACAAAUAUCCACUGAUUACCUUUCCCAUUUCUCUGUAUUGUAUCAUUAUAUACCCUAUUUUCAGAGUACUUGAAACCUAAUUCAUUUACAAUUCCAUCUGCACAUCACCUGAGACUUUGAUUGGAGGCAGGUUCAGCUCUAGGGCUAGCUUAUUUCGGUGUAACAAUGCUCUUUUACCAUCUCAACGGGGAAACUUGAAAAAAUGAGUCACCAUUUCCAAGUUUGAUUAACAUAACCUCAAGCCAGAUGAGAGUGAUUCAACUAAGUAUGUCUUCAAGAUGAAGGAGCAGAAAAGGGAACAGAUAAUUAUCUCAAGGACAUGAGAAUAUGUACAUUUAGAAACAUUGACCCAUUUAUUUAGUGAAUAGGAUCAUGACACAUUUUGACUUACAGGUUUUGUUUUUAAUGUUUGCCUUUAUGAGAAGUGCCUCCAAACAGCAGGGUCAGCUGAGUUGUCUAGAGGAUGGAUCCUCUAGAUCUGCCUGAGUCACUGCCUAGGUUCAAACUAAAUGGAAUCCAAGAAAUAGGAGAGAAAUGUUAUCCAAGAAAUUUGGCAUUAGAAAUCCUUUUGCAUACUGUGGAAAGUAAGACAACAGAUAUCAACAGUGCCUAAUAUAACUGCAAGCAACAUGAAAAACAGAUUUCCCAGUGUCGAAGCUGACCCUGAAGGAAGAAAGCAUUCUGUAGUGACUGAUGCUAUAAACUCUGAAGAAGAGACAGACACCCGCAACACAGCGUUAGAUGGUCUAAAACAUUCAAGCAUAUGUUUUUCAAUUAUGUUACUAGCGAGUGGUUCACUUCCAGUUAGAGUCUGAACCCAGCGUCAACAUAACUAACUCAAGCAGCAUUAACAACAGUGUCACGCUGGGACAGAAACCAAAUUUUUUUGUGGAAUAAAAUCAGUAUAAUCAUUGUUGGCAAAUGAAGACAGACAGCAACAGGUGAAUGAAAUUCAAUGAAUUCCUGCUUAUUGACUAUUUAUAGAUGGUACUCACUCUUGAAAUGUGGGCAAUGCAAACUUAUAAAACCUUAUAAUUUGUGCAUAUAUUAAACGAGAGACAGGAGAAAAUACAAUGAUUCUGAGCACUCUCUCCAGGCUUAGAUUCCUGUCACAUCAGCUGGAUUUAACUGGAAGAAAGCUAAUGGGAAUACAGCCUUUUCAAACAGAAGCAGCUGCUCUAACGUGUAUGUUGGUAUGCCACGUCAUGUUGUUUUAUUGUCACCUUUUCUUCCUUCUCACAUGUACAUACUUUAGAUUGAAACAGCAUCACCCUGUAGGCUGUUAUGCAAUGCAUGCCCUAUUCUGCAGUAAAACAUCUGCCAGGCAGCAGCUUGGCCUUCGUGCACUUUAACACACUUAUUCUUACUGAAUAAACUUCCUACUCCUAAAUCCUAGUUCAUGCCUGAAGCAAAUAUCUAAAUGUAAAAGAAAACAACCCACUUUGCCACGCAGGUGACCAACAGUAAACAGCCCACACCCCAACUGUGAAGCUGGUCCUACCUGUGGAUCCAUUGCUACUGCUCCUAAAAACUGUAUCAAUGCAAGAGUAUUUUUACAAGUGAGAGUAACAGCAUUGCCAUUGCUGCUGAGCUGAAACGGUGUCAAUUUUAAUUAGUAACAAAGUCCUCCACUGAUCAGUUGUUUCAGUUGUUGUUUGGUUUUGGUGUGCCUAGUUGUACAUGAAUGCAUAUGGCUUUUUAGGCGUUUGGUGCUACCAUGAUGUUUUCCUAUUUCCUUCCACUUCUGAAGAUUAAGUGCUUUCUAUACACAAAUUUCAACAUCCUCUAACUUGCAUUUCCCUAUAUUUGGCUUCCUCCAAUCUAUCAAUUUUGUUUCAGCUUCAACAGCCUGUUUUGAGAGAAAUAUCUUUUAGUCUUAAAACUGAGAACCCUUCUGUUUUAGUUCAAGCCUGCUUGAAAUGAAGUAUAUCAUAGGGUAGUAUCCAAAGUAUUCCGAUUACUUUACAUACCCGUGUAUUUCAGAAGAGACUUCAACUAUGAGCUGUGGUGAACAUGUGUUGUAUGAAUAAGAAAGCUAUCAUAAUAACCACUACUGAAAAGGUGUUAAAAUGUUUUCCUUUCAUAUGCUAUGGGUGAAGGUGUAAGUCUGACAUAUUUGUGUUUCCAGAGUUGUAUUUGCUUGUCCAAAGUACAAAUUUUGUACUUUUGACCAGUUUGCUAAAGAGCUACUCCAAAGUGUGCUCAUAUCUGGCACUAUAUGAGUUGACACACCUUCCAGGAAUGACACUCCUCUAGGAGUUUACUUUUCACAACUGAAAAUAUGAGAAAAUAUAAAAUUCCCAGCACUAUUAUUUUUACAGCAAUUGCUUAGUAAUCCACAUGUGUUGCAAGCCUAAUAAAGUAUGAUGAUGUGA